AUGGCUUACCAAGAUAACCAAGCCGCCCGCCCAUUUCCUAGGCUGGCGUUGUACGGCGACCAUCGUUCGGAAAUUGAUCGAGCCAUCCUUAAUAUCCUCAACACGUGCGUCGGACCGCCUUAUGGUUUACUAGGAGAUGCUUCGGUCGCUUUAGAUAAUCUUAGACCACCAAGAAGACGUCGACAUCUCGGGGAAAGUCUUGAAUCAGAGUCGACAUUUCUCUACGGAUUCUGGCGAACCUUUCUCGAAUUCGCCAGCCAAAUUCCAUGCGAUGACCCGGCUCAAGGUUAUCUUGCAAUGCUGAUUAACGAGCUAAGGACCCUACACCCGCCUAACGAGCUUGGCGUAAAUAUCUGGCGAGACUUACCAGGGCUCCAAAGAGGAAUAAAUGAUGCCUGGCGUGAACCUACACGUUACGAAUAUGACCAUCAGCUAUAUAAACAAUGGGUUAAUCUGAACGCGUUUACUUCCCGAAUUUAUUACAACGAUCUUCUAGAGUGCUACGGCCUAGGGAUCAGGGCGAUGCGUCGCGCAUUCGAGGAUGAUCAAUCUCAUGGCGGCGCGUUUAUGACAUGUCGCGUUAAAGCUGCCGCGCAGUGGAUGAUUUACUCAGCCGACAAAUUAUUUUCCCUGAUGACUACCCGUCCUCCUAGCGAGGAAGAGCAGAUUGAUCAUAUGAGUCCGCUAUUUUACGGUAUUAACGUCUUUUCUCCUGCCCGUUGGGCUUUUUGGAAGCGGCGUUUUAGAAAUCUCUCUGGGGCGACAAAAAAAGCGGCUGACGCAGCCGUAGAAAAUAUGAACCGAGCAGAUGGCGGCCAACCAGUGUAA